GAGGCAGGAGCUGAUGAGGAAAUGCGCUUCCUUGUCUGUGUGUGUCAGACGGUGCGGAAUGGCGAGCUAAACCGUUUGACGAAAACCAGUCAGUCAAAUCCAGUAAUCUGCUUCAUGGUUGGGGUGUUUCACUAACUGAAGGACGUGAGGUAGAAGCGUGAUUUCCUGCUGAGUUUGGCGAUGAUGACCGCGGAGCUGGACAGUCGCUUCUACGCCGAUAACCUGCUGACCAGCGAGGACUGGGAUGCCUGUCUGUACCAGUGUGAGGAUAUGGAGGAGGAUUUCACCGGAGAACUGAAAUAUGACACAUCGCUGGACAGUGAUCUGGUCCUCACGCUGGACCCUGAUGACCCCACAUCACCGUGGAAGAACCUGGAUGAAGACCUGACAGGAGAAGUGUUGAAGGAUGAAAUGACUUUAACACAGCCUCUGCCAGUGGACAUGUUUUUCCAGGUGAAGACUGAACCUCCAUCCCCUGCCUCGUCUCUGACCUCUGACAGCUCUAUCCCAUCUCUCCCUGAAGCUCAGGUGACGGUGAAGAGUGAGAACCCCCCCACUCCACCGUACAUGUAUGGAGACGUGCUCUCACCUCCUCUGUCCAGUGUGGAGGUCACCGUCAGCAGCAUCACUCCACAGCAGCAGCCUCCGCUUCCUCUGAGCUUACAGCAGCACGUGAUCAGCAGCCUCGACACACACACCGCAGCGCUCUCCGCAGCAGCCACGCUGAAGGCCAGCAGUAUUCUGAGCAGUAAACCUCUGAUCCAGCCCAAACCCGUGUGUGUGGCUCAGAGCUCCGGUCCCAAAGCUGUCCUCCUGCAGAGCGUUCCUGUCCCCGUCCCACCCCUCGAGCAGAGCAGCAGACCCGUGGUUCUGUCCCAGUCCGUGUGUCUGGGUUCUGCUCCUGCUAUCGUUAAAGUGGAGCCGUUGUCUCCCAGCAUGCCCCUCUGCACGAGCCCCUCAGCCGUGCUCCCGAGCAAACCCCUCAUCCCAGCAUCCUCUCUGCCUGGAAACAUCUGCAGUGACAUCGACAUGAAGGUUUUGAAGAGGCAGCAGCGUAUGAUCAAGAACCGUGAGUCGGCCUGUCAGAGCCGCAAGAAGAAGAAGGAGUACCUGCAGAACCUGGAGGCGCAGCUUCGGGAGGCGCAGCAGGAGAACGAGCGUCUGCGCAGAGAGAACCAAGCGCUGCGACUGCGUCUCGCCGGGAGAGAGGCCACGGAGUCUGGCACCAACAAGAGAGCUCUGUGUGUGAUGGCCCUGUUCCUCUUCAUCACCUUUACCUUCAGCCCCGUCAGUCUCAGAGACAGGACGUUGGAAGCUGGGAUCGAGGAAGCGUCUAGCCCUCAGACAGGAAGACGCUUGCUGGAGUUUGAGAGAUCUCAGGAGCUGAGCAGGAAACGAGCAACCGAGAGAACCACGGAGCAGAAGACAGACAGAGAGGAGGAAGAACGCUGGAGGAAAGCAGAGCUGGACAAGAAGGCAUCAGUCUCGUAUCAGUUCAGGAAUCAGAGCGAGGUGUUCAGUGAUGUUAAAGACCUCCUCCUUCAGGACAUAGACAGAUAUUUCUCGUCCUCUGACUGCAGACAAUUCAACCGCUCAGAGUCCCUCAGGUUGGCGGAUGAGCUGCGUGGAUGGGUCCAUCGUCAUCAGAAUAACCGGAAGUCUGAUAGAAAGGCGAAGGUUGUGAAGAAAACAAAAAUAGCUCAGAAAGCGCAGCACAAAAAGACAAACUUUUCCAGGUACCUUCCAAUUCAGGCUCAUCGUUCAAUUGAAAGUCAGCUGCAGGUCCUGCCUGGGCCAGAGAUCAGCUACAGCGACUUUCUGGAUGCUAUUGAUCGGCGUGAGGACACUUUCUAUGUUGUAUCAUUCAGACGGGAUCACCUGCUGUUACCUGCCAUCAGCCACAAUAAAACAACUCGACCCAAAAUGUCUCUGGUCAUGCCUGCCAUGGCCAUCAAUGAUUCGGUGUAUAACUCGUCUCAGGGCGGCUAUGAAAUGAUGAUGCAGGUGGACUGUGAGGUGAUGGACACGCGGAUCAUCCCAAUCAAGUCCUCUGUAGUCCCGCCCUCUCUCAGAGACCCGCCCCCCACUCCGCCCCCCCACCAUCAGCAUGCUAACCACACCUCGCUGCGCAGCCGUCAGCAUCACUUGCACGGCAGCGGGGCGUCGCCGAGGCGGAGGACCGCGGGUUACUUCAUCAGUCAGAGCGGAUCUGAUUGAGAGUCUGAGAGCAGGAACCAAGGACUCUCCAGCAGUAGUUUAAGGUUCUUUUACUCUCGAAUCAACCCUGGGAACACAGGACAAUUGAUCAGACACGUACAUGAUACGGUGAAAUGACUGAUGGCCCGUUGCACUUAUGUGGUUAGCGCUGGGGGCUUCCGCGGGUGGGCUGUGUUUCCUUCCCUCCUGUUAGCAGUAGCCUGUUUGUUCAAACCUUCUGUUCCUGAAUCAUAUGCUCUCUUUUUAUACAUACCUUGUGUUGGUGUUGUUGUUGUUGUUUUUUUUUAUUGAGAUUAUUUAAAAAAGGAUGUUCUUCUAUUAGAUUAUAUAAAGCAUUAUGAAUCUUGAUUUGAAUGUAAGGAAUGAUGGUGUUUGUAUAUAUCCUUUGCUCUGUCACAGGUGACGGCUGCUCCAGUGUAAAGCUGCUGGUUUGCUGCUCUUUCUCAUCACAGCUUGAUCUUUCUUUUGAUGGCUGGGCUUGUGAAAUGUUAGCGUGUCACAGAAGCUUCUGCCGUUAGCGUUUUCAUUUUCAGGUGUCUUGUCUUGAAUGUUUUGCUGCUUUUGUCCCGAACCACUAACAGGACGGUGAAUUUAUUAGUGAACAGGUUUAGAUUUUGACAAAGCGCUUAACUGGCCGUCCAUCAUCCCGCUCCGUUUGCUGAUAUCUCUCAACCACCUUGUGUUCAACUCGAAGGGAAUAAGGCCCGUGGCCAGAUGUAUAUUUCUGUUGUAGUUUUCCUUCUGUGAAGAUGUUUUAUCUCCUGAUUGAAGAUGAUUUCAUGUUUUCUUGUCACCUGCAAUCUUCAUGGCUUCUUGUCAAAUCCAGCGCAGUCCGUCUGAUGAUGAUGAAGAUGAUGAAGCCUUCCCAUGAUGAACUGCUCUAGCAUGCUUCUGUUAUCUGUGAUGGAGGGAUGUGUAUGUAAAUGUAAACCUGCUUUUUUUUACUUUAUUUAAAGAGCUUUCAUAUGGAAAACACUUUCUCUUCCUGUCUGUAUGAGAGUUUUGAACUACUGUGUUCAUUUGUAGAGGAGAAAAUACAUUUGAUAAAAACUGUGUAGUAA